UUCAACGAUUAAUCAUGGCUUCUUACACUUCAAUGUGCUUGGUCUUUUUGACAAUUUUAAUAAGUCAUCCAAUCGUCGGCGUUGAAGUAUAUGAACAAUCAGAAUUCACAUCAUCUAUUCCAGCUGAAUCAGAUAAUAGCGCACCAGCAAAACGUAUUGUUUUAGUCAGACAAUUUAUUUCGGGCGGUGGUGUUCAGAUUUCUGGUUCUACUAAUGGUUUUGGUAAUAGACAAGUUGGAAUUUCAGGCAGUGGUUCAUCUCAAGGAUUUGGCCAAGGACAAGGUUUCAAUGGUGCAUCUAAUAAUGGUGCCGGGACUUCAGGAGCAAGCAACUUGAAUAAUAAUAAUGGAGGAUUUGGCAAUGGUGCAUUUGGAGGUGGAUCUGGUAACGGAAAUGGCUUUGGUGGGGGAAGCGGAGUAGGAGUUACUGGUUGGGGUGGUGGUAUUGGGGAAGGUAAUGGUUUUGGAGGUACUUCUGGUAGCGGAGGAGAAGGUUUUGGAGGAGGAAAUGGUGGAGCAUCCGGGGGUAAUAUUGCAAAUGAAUUUGAAGUUGGUAGUGGAACGUCAUCUGGGAAUGGCUUUGGUAAUGGUAAUGGAGCAGCAUUUGGAAAUGGUUUUGGUUCAGGUAAUAGUGGACCUUCUGGAGCUGCAACCGGCAAUGGUUUUGGGGCAGGUAAUGGGGGAUCAGGAGCAGCAUUUGGAAAUGGCUUUGGAGCAGGGAAUAGUGGUAAUUCUGGAGCUGCAACCGGAAAUGGUUUUGGAGCAGGUAAUGGUGGAUCAGAAGCAGCAUUUGGAAAUGGAUUUGGGGCAGGAAAUGGUGGAACAUCCGAAGCAGGAUUUGGAAAUGGCAUUGGAGCAGGUAAUGGUGGAUCAGGAGCAGCGUUUGGAAAUGGAUUCGGGGCUGGUAAUGGUGGAACAUCAGGAGUAACAUAUAAUGGAAAUGGCUUCGGUUCAGGUGAUAGUAGACCUUCUGGAGCUGCAACCGGCAAUGGUUUUGGGGCAGGUAAUGGGGGAUCAGGAGCAGCAUUUGGAAAUGGCUUUGGAGCAGGAAAUAGUGGUAAUUCUGGAGCUGCAACCGGAAAUGGUUUUGGAGCAGGUAAUGGUGGAUCAGAAGCAGCAUUUGGAAAUGGAUUUGGGGCAGGAAAUGGUGGAACAUCCGGAGCAGGAUUUGGAAAUGGCUUUGGAGCAGGUAAUAGUGGUAAUUCUGGAGCUGCAUCCGGAAAUGGAUUUGGGGCAGGUAAUGGUGGAGUUUCCGGAGGGGGAUUUGGAGGUGGACAAAGUAAUGGUUUCGGAAAUGGUCAAACGACAGAAUUUGGGGGAGGUUUUGGAUCAGGAACAGAGGAAGGUUAUGGAGAGGGUGAAGGAUUUGGUUCAGGAGCUGCAUUAAAUGGCGGUUUUGGAAACUUACAAGCUCAAAACCAAGUAUCUCAAUUGGGAGGUGGUGUAGGCGGUCAAGGUGGUCAAGGUGGUCAAGGGGGUGGACAAUUAGGAGGUGGUAUUGGAUUUGGUUUUGGUGGAACUGGAGAAGGGGAAUUCGAUUAAAAAAAAUAAUAAAACAUACUUUUGUAAUUAUAUUUAAUAUAUAAUAUAAUAUUUAUAAUAUUUAUUUAAAUUAUAAACUUUCUAUGUAUUCAAUAAGCCAUAUUUAAUAAAUUAUAUUUAUAUACAUUAAGAUAAUUCUAUUGUAAUUGUUAAAUAUUAAAUUUGUGAACUCGCAUAAAUAA